AUAUUUAAAUGAUUUUCCCUAUGCUAGUGUUUUGUUUCUUGUUUUAGAUGUUUUUUAUCUUCUGUUAGUAACAAGAGGAAUUUAUAAAAAUCUAGUCACAAAAAUCAUUUUUUAAGCAGAAAUAGGUAUUUUCGGACAAAGGGAAGUUGAAGCAAACAUUAUGGACAGUACAACAUAUAAUUUAAAACAAAGAUUAGCAGGUGUCUCCCAAUCUCUACUAUCAAUUGGAGAUGACAAUCAUCAGAAAGGAAUUACUUUGAAACUGAAUGAUGAAAAUAUUCUAAGAAUGGCAGUUUUAGAGCAUGUGGAAAUAAUCAGACUGAUCAGGGAAUUCGAUAAGCUUCUGACUGAUAUAUUUUUAAUCCAAGUUCUUCAGACAACAAUAGUGUCAACUAUGUGUUUUUAUGCAGCUUCAAAGAUUGAUGAUAUAAUGGAUGUACCAAAAUUUGUUGCAAUCAUAUCAGCAACAUAUAUGCAGCUCUAUAUUUAUUGUUGGCUUGGAGAAGAAAUAUCUCAACAUAGCAAUGAUAUACACCAUAGCAUAUAUGCGAGUAAAUGGUAUCAGUGUGAUCUCAAAGUUAGGAAAUCAUUAAAUAUAUUUGAAACAUUUACAAAGGCUCAUUUCAAACUUAAUGGUGGCCAUAUUUUUACAAUUCAUCUAGAAACAUUCCUUUUGAUGCUGAAGGAAUCUUUUUCUUACUUUAUGGUUUUGAGGGCUAUUGUAAAAUAAAAUGUUGUCUUGA